AUGCCCAAGGGCUUGGAUGCAGCCUACGAUAGGAUAUUUCAACUGAUUACGGAGGAGAUUGGUGAAGACGAUCUUCUUGUCAGGGAUGCACUCUCCUGGAUUCGCCAUCACAAGACUCUGCACAGCCAGUGUAAUGAUAUUCCUGUCAGGGUGCUCAUCCAGGCAAUACACCCGGAGACAAGAGACCCUCAAACCAGCGAUAUUCAAUUUCUUCUGAAGGAACAAAAUCUCCGCAACGCCCUCGGUUGCCUGGUUCGGUUCAAAGAAGAAUAUCCUCGUGUCCCCAAUCGUCCAGAUUGGUGGCCGAACAUUACGGCAACGAGUGAAUCGUUGACAACGAUUGGUCUCGCGCACUACACCGUUGCUGAAUACCUCACUUCAGACCGAAUUGAAAGUACUGCGUCACAACGGUUCAGACCCCCUGAUCUGAUUGCACUCAUAGAGCCAGCAAUGAACGAGGCUCUGAGUUGUACAGCCGACAUAUCGUCUUAUCCCUGGCAUCCAGUUUUAACCAGUUUUGCAGGUUAUCAGGUGGCCUGGUGUUUGCGUCUUUUAGCACAAAGACGUAUACUGCUUGAGGAUCAGAGCCUCAUACGCUUAUUCUUUGAUACUCAGGGAGUGCCUCGAAGCAACAUGCAAUUAUUCUUCAAGGCAGGAUGCGACGAGUCACUCGAUCUGGAAGUUAUGAUACAAGGACACCUGUGGAUCAUGCGAAUAGCUGACUCGGACAGGCACGGGAAACUGUUGAGGGCCACACAGAUUACAAAGGGGUUAUUCGAAUUUGGUUUGUAUGACCUUGCCAAAGACCUUAUUCUCCGCCAUUCUGUGUCGGAACAAGUAGAAAUGUUAACCACGACGACGAAGCGCUGGAAAGAUGCUUUGCAUUUUUGUGAAACGGACGAGGAGGCCUUUGCCACAUACGAGUUCGAGGGAGCCCUGCCUCAAUGGUUUGCUACCAGGCUUGGCAUGCCAGGGGAUGGGAAUGAUCAUUGGCGAGCCACAGCUUUUUUCAACCUUUGCCGAGACUUUGGAUCUUUGUUUCUUCCCCAGAUUCCGGGCAUACUUUUCAUCGUCCUUGCAUCGCAUGCUGAACCAAGAGGGCUGUACUGUCCCCACCAUCAGCGACCACGGCGGUCGGCGACAAGCGAUCAGGAUCAAUGCAUUAUUCUGAUGCUUCUUGACAAUGGAGCUCAGACCAACCCCGCAGGAUUCGGAAUCACGCCUUUACAGGUCGCCGUGUCGCUCAACGACAGCCGCGCCACGAGAUAUCUCUUGAAAGCAGGUGCCGAUGUCAACGCUUCAGGGGUACACGACGGGCAUCUCUAUGGACCAAGAGAACCCCUAAGCCGAUUCAACUUGCUUCAGGGGAUGAGUCCGCUGUUCAUUCACGAGAGGCUGAGGAUACGGUCAAUUCAUGGGCUGGGGCGCAAGAAUGUGCGAUCCAAAGCCAUUGGCCGGUACCUCAGAGAAUAUGGAGCCCGUGCAGAGAGGACAAGCCACCCAGGAAGCGUCCAAGGGUGUGAAUUUGACAAUUGGAACACCCGAUCGGAUGACGAGGUAGCGGUGUACGAGGUUGACUCCAGCAGCGAUAGUGAUCUGGACUCAGAUUCUGAAAGUAGUUGA